AUAGAAACCACCAGAAAAUUCUGAACAGAGCAAGGUCUGGGUAUAAAAGAUAAAUCUACCAUAGAAGUAUUUUCUAGAUUAUUAUAAGACGCAAGUAUUAGAUCUGCUGUCUCACUAACAGUUUGAUUGAAGUUCAAAGUAGCCUAGUCUGAAAAAAAAAGAGAAGAUAAGAAAUACAGGUAUAAAACUAGAGAAGGAAGAUGGUGAAGGAAACUAAGUUCUAUGACAUAUUAGGUGUAAAGCCUAAUGCUACUGACAGCGAGAUUAAAAAAGCAUAUAGAAAACUUGCUUUGAAAUUCCAUCCUGAUAAAAACCCUAAUGAGGGAGAGAAGUUUAAACAAAUAAGCCAGGCUUAUGAAGUUUUAUCUGAUGCUAAAAAGCGUGAAAUUUAUGAUCGUGGUGGAGAAGAGGCAAUAAAAGGAGGAGAUACUGGUGGAGGAGGAUUCCACUCCCCUAUGGAUAUAUUUGACAUGUUUUUUGGUGGUGGUGGUGGUAGAAGUCGUGGUCCAGCUAAGGGUAAAGAUGUAAUACAUCAGAUGAAAGUUUCAUUAGAAGAUUUAUAUAAUGGUACAACCAGAAAAUUGGCAGUACAGAAAAAUGUAAUCUGUUCAAAUUGUGAAGGUCGUGGUGGUAAAGAAGGAGCUGUUGGUAAAUGUGGUAAUUGUAGAGGUACUGGUAUGUGUGUACGUAUUCACCAGUUGGCACCUGGUAUGGUACAACAAGUCCAGAGUGUUUGUAAUGAGUGUCAUGGACAAGGCGAGAAAAUCAAUCCUAAAGAUCGCUGUAAAAAUUGUAUGGGUAAAAAAGUGAUUAAGGAAAGGAAAAUUCUAGAAGUGCAUGUAGAUAAAGGUAUGCGAGAUGAACAACAAAUCCGUUUUUCGGGUGAAGGGGAUCAAGAACCGGGGCUUGAACCAGGUGAUAUCAUUAUAGUACUGGAUGAAAAAGAGCACCCUGUGUUUAAAAGAAGAGGAACAGAUCUUAAAAUGGACAUGGAAUUAGAAUUAGUAGAAGCCCUUUGUGGAUUUAGUAAAUCUAUACAAACUUUAGAUGAUAGGACAUUAGUUAUCUCAACUUUACCAGGGGAGGUCGUAAAGAAUGGUGAUAUAAAGUGUGUGUUGAAAGAAGGUAUGCCAGUUUAUAAAGACCCUUUUGAGAAGGGCAGACUUGUUAUUAUUUUCAGUGUGAACUUCCCACCAAAUAAUUUCUUACCAAAAGAUAAAUUGAAAUCUCUGGAAAAAUUACUACCACCAAGACAAGAAAGUAUAAUUCCAGAUGGAGCUGAGGAGUGUACAUUAAUUGACUUUGAUCCUUCAGCCUCGGGAAGGAGGCGUGGAAAUGAAGCGUAUGAUUCCGAUGAUGAAAAUCCUGGAGGUCAAAGAGUUCAAUGUGCAUCACAUUAAUGGACAUUUUAUGUUAGUUAUUCUCUUCCUUGAUAUUCAAGGGGAAAAAAAGACUUUCAUGUAAACAUUUAAUUCAUUUCAUGAUAUAUUAAGGACAUGUAUCCUCCGCACCAAACUUUUAACUGCAACUAUGUUUGCAAUGAUCUGAUGAUAUAAAUAGUAGGGGUGAUGAUUUUCUGUGAUCGCGGAAAAAACGUGGAAAUCGCGGAAUUGUCCACUCAAAACGGAAUUUGAAAUCUCACACGGAAAAAGACGGAAAAGCCGAUAUUUGCUGAUACUAAACACAAACUCAAAACAAUUUUGCAGUUAUCGAAGUAUUUCAUCUUUUUAUUCAUAAAAAUCGGAAAUAUUGACUGAUAUCGCAUGGUUUUGUUACUGUCUAUUUUAGUAUUUAGCUACUUUCAUUUCAUCAUUUAGGAAUCAUAAUUUUAAUCGAAACGAAAACCCGUCUUUCAGGUAUCCCUGUAUACAAUUACUCGUAGUUUUACUUGAAUUAAACAUUGUAAUGUAUAUAUAUUAAGGCUGGGAAUCGAUAUGAAAUUUCAAUAUCGAUUAUCGGCAAGAAUUUGUCAGCGAUUAUCGAUAAUAAUCAAUUAUCAUUCUUCCGGAAAAACCGAACUUUACCGACCUGUUAUUUGUGUUGAUCGAGUUACAGUAGUGUUAUUAUCCUCGUCUAAUACUGUGCCGAUGUACGUAAAAAAAUCAAUUAAUAUAAAAUAAUUAGUUGCUAAAUGUAGGAUUAACUUGAGUAUUAUUCUAAGUUUUGUUCUUGAUUCAUUUGAACCUUUUUUUUAUUCCAAUAUCUCCGAUAAAUACAAAGACAAUACAUGGUUUCUCUUUGCAAGUUACUGGCGAUCACAAAGUGUUACUAAUAAUAGAAUAAAGUAUAAUAGAAGGCGUCUAUUGAUUGGACAAUAAAAAAAUAAUUACCGGCUUUCAAAGUAGAAUUUUUAUGAUUGGUUAAUUUUGACGAAAACCAAAGUAGAAUUCUUCCAAGAAAUUCCCGGGAAGUCAAAAACGUGUUUUGUAUGGGCUGUAUCUGACAUGAUUUAGUAAUAAAAGCUGAGUUGAUCAUUAAUAAUACAAUUAGUUUUAUCGUGAAAGCAGACAAUUUCUCUACAAAUCAAUCAAGAGCAAAGAAGGGAGAUAAUUCUAAUUUUACUAUAUCACAUGCGAUCGUCAUUGUUCACAAAGUGCGUGACCUAUUUUAGUUUCAAUUAGUAAUAACAACAAAAACAACGAAAAUAUUAAAAUAAUGUAUUUAAUCUUAAAGUUUAGUUUUUUUACAAUAAUAUAUAUUUAAAAUGUGCCAGUUUGUAAGCAGAGGGGGAAAAUAGUUGUUGUGUUUAUGUUAUGUAUUCGUUCAUUCGUCUGCAUGCCAGACUACGGCAAGUUCAGUCAUGUGAAAGUGACCGUAACUUGCCGUCAGAAGGUAAAUAUACCGAUAAUCGAUAAUUGAAUUUCAAUAUCGAUUAUCGUAUCGCUAAAUAACUUCUACCGAUUAUCGAUUAUAUCGAUAUUUUUGCACAGCCUUAAUAUAUAUGUCUUAAAAAAAACUUCUGUCACUUCAUAAAAGUAAAAAUCGUUUCAUUUACUUCUUAUUUUACUGCCGGGCUUGUGACUCAUGUUUAUCCGCAUUAACCACGUGACAUCACAAAUAUACCAUAGCCUUGUGAAUCCAGCCCUUAUUCUUGAAGAAACGGUAGUAACUACGAAGAUGUCUGGAUAAAUCGCGACUACCACGAGCAGCUGAGAAAAAUGGCUUCGUCUGCUAAAAAGAUGAAACGAGCUCACAAGAUGUAAUUUUCUGUUAUUUAAUUCGGGAAACAGGUUUAAAGAAUAACUAGUCAUUGAACAUUACAAGUCAUUCACAAUUCAACAUUUGUUAUCAUUGGUUUAAAAUGGUCCGUUUUGUAAUAAAAGGCAUUUUAAGAUGUUUUAUUCAUUUAUUCAUAAAAUAACAUUUUAUCUCGAAAAAACGGAAUAUGGUCAGCUCUGAAACAGAAAAUAACGGAAUUAAAAAUACUUAAAACGGAAUUUGCUAUUUUCUGAAACGGAAAAUCAUCACCCCUAAAAUAGGUUGGCUAAAUAAUGACUUCCUGUCACAUGACCAGUGUAUCUUUUGUAGUUAUGUUAGAAAACAAAUUUGAGAAAAUCAAACAUACAUUCAAACUGGACAAAAGGGCAGAGUAUUUCAUAUAACCAAGAUAUGUUCAUAAUUAUAGAAUCUUUUGGUUGAAUUUAUUUUAUAUCGAGCAACUUAUUCAACGAACAUCAUUUUAAAUCGUUGGGCAUAAAAAGUGCCAUUUGUUUGAUUCAAUUUUGAUUAAGAACACUGGGUUCCCAUCACCAAAAUGAAGGGGUAGUGUAAAAUUGAUAAUUUACUUUGUCACACAAAAAUGUCGAAAUAGACUAUAAAAAAAAAGGUUUUGUUUUGGUUUGCUUUAUUUGUUUAAUCUAAAAAUGAAGCAUUUUCAACAUUUUGGUUCAUAUCAUAAACCAAGGAUAUGCAACUUAGUUUGCUGUCAAAGCCAUUCUGAAAAAAAAAAAUCCUUAACUUAAACACAAGGAAAUGUGUAAUACAUGUACUAUCUCCAUGUUAAUUCAGCUUUUAAUUCUUUGUCAUAUUUUUUUUCUAAGAUGUGAAUGAUUUUUUUUUCUUUAGUGAAAAUGUUUAUAAUGUAUAGGCUUAUUAUAGUUACAGGUGAGACAAACAUAUGCAUAUUUAAACCUUUUUUUUUGUAAUGCUUUGACUGUCAACAAAAAAAAAAUAAUAAUUGGUGUUUGCUUUCCUUAAAGGAGCUAAAUCUAUGUGAUCCUAAUAUCCAAUAUUUAUGACAUAAUGAACAUUAAAAUGACUACACGAUUCCUGUAUUCUAUAGACAUAAUGGUUUCGACCACCAUUUGUAAUGAAUGACCAAAGAAAAACAUAUCCCAGAAGACAAUGAGGAAGUAACUGAAAAUGUAUGUUUCACAAAAAGCAGACUCAAAUGACUGCCAUUUUAUUUCUAUAUUUCAACGAAUAAAUUGAUAUGUAAUUAGAAUAAAAAAAUUAAAAAUUGAAGAUUGAAUAUACAUCACUUUAUAGAACCAUUAUUGUCAAUUUUAGGGCUCCAAAAAAUAGAGGUAUACACCCUUUAAGUUCUAAUAUUUGUUGAUCCAUAUUUAAAUGACAAAGCAAAGCUAAGUACAUUGUAAAACAUUACAUACAAUACAUACAAAGUAAAACUAUGAAUACAUCUAAUAAGAUAUCUGAAGGAAUUUCUGAAGAUUUCAUCAGCAAGUCUUUAAAUAAGGCAUCCAUCACAAUAUCGGACACAAUUCUGGGAUUGUUUUUUUUUUUCAGACACCUGAGUUUGUCUGGUGUCUGUCAGACAUAGAUUUGUCCAUUUUCUGUGGGUUUUUUUUUGUUUUUUUAAUAAAUCGUAAAUGUGUGCCUGGCACAAGGUUAAAAUAUGGGUACUGGUGCAGUAGUGCUUGACAUUCUGUCUGUUACAAAUAAAAUGAUGAUUUCCAAGCCUAUUUAUCCAGUAUGAUUUAAAAUGUUUUAAGCGUUCACUAAUGUUUGUUCAUUCAAAAAUGAUAAUAAUUGUUGACAAGUUAAGCAAUGUUGUUGUUAUUACUGUUGUCAUCAUCGGCUCUCAACAAUUUUGACCUCCCUUUGUUUGUAACUUGCCUUGUAUCAGAAUUGUUUGUAUUUUGAUUUUAUUCUGUUAUUAGUUAAACAACUUAUGAUCAAAUUCAUUUGACUUUCAUUCAAACAGAAGUAAAGUUUCAAACAUGGUUUUCAUAUUUUUAAAGACGACCUUGGCAAAGGGGAUGUUCUGUAUCCCAGAAAGAAAUGAUCUGUUAAGUGCACUAUCGUCAUUUGAGGGAUUAAGAUUAUUAAUCCCCCUUGCAAAGUAGAAGAUUGUGUCUUUCACCUUGCGGAUCAUCAUCGCCCCUCCCCUUUUUUCUUGCCUGGUUAACCUUUAAAGCUGUCAUCACCAAUCACCACCAUUCCACACACCCAUUUCUUCAGCAUUAUGAAAUUGAUAUUAUGAAAGUGUAAAAAAAAAACAAGUUAUUUAAAAAGCUAGAUAGAUCAAUAUAGGUUAUAAAGGAGAUUUCAGAAUUUGUUCCACCAAAUAGAUUUUAACCUUUUUUUAGCGACCAACAAAGAUCUGUUUACCUGCGACUUAAAGGUAAAAUAAAGUAUGCCUUGCUUACUCAUUUCACAACAUUAUUUACUUCUUUUUGUCAUGAACUGUUGUAUGUUGAGUCAUUAAUAAUUUAUUUUGUAAAGUGUUUAAUAAAAUGUGAUAGUGUAAUAA